UGUGUGUAACCGUAGAAACGUCCGGAAACGUGGCGUCCACGCUGCAGGUUAUAAACAUAAAGCUUUGUAAAUAUACAUUUAAUUAUGUGUCAGUUUUAAUACAUACUUUAGUUCAUCGUUAUAACGCUUUUAAUCAAAGCAUUUUGGAGGUUUGUUUGUUGAUGUGAUCCAGCUGUGGAUCUCAGAGAGAAAGAGAAAUGAAGAGGAAAAACACAGAGACGAGACUCGAGGUCUCGGACCAGUUCGACCCGAUCAUCGAGGUGAAGAAGAAGAAGAAAAAGAAGAAAGGUGGAAAUAUAGAUGCAACAGACACUUUCGAUGCGACAGACGAAUGUAAAAACGAAGACAAAAAGGAAUCUGAGGGUUGUGAAGCUGUGAGCUGUGCGGUAAAGAAAAAAAAGAAGAAGGUGAAAAAGGAGAAAGACGCAACCGUGGACACCGCAGAGGCCGCUGAUCUUACGGAGAGCCGUACGAACGAAGAGCUCGAGAACAACAAGAAGAAAGAAGCGCACCAAAACAAGCAAACUGUAAUAACCAAAAGAGUAGAAGAAGAGGAAGGCACGGAGGACGAGGACGAUGAAGAGCUGAGCCCGGAGGAAAGACGAGUGCUAGAGAGGAAGCUGAAGAAGAUUAGGAAAAAGGAGGAGAAGAAGAAGCAGAAGGAAACUGCAAAGUCUGAGAAGGAGGAGAGCAAAAGCAGCAUUGCACAGACGCAGGCUCUGGACUAUCUGACAUGCUGGUCCGAGAAGCGGGACGAGUGGAAGUUCCAGAAGACGAGGCAGGUGUGGCUUCUGCAGCACAUGUAUGACAGUGAGAAGGUGCCGGAUGCUCAUUUCUCAGUUCUCUUAUCGUAUCUGGAAGGACUGCGAGGCGUCGCUCGGGACAUCACGGUGCAGAAAGCAGAGGCUUUGGUCCGAUUUGGCGCCGGUCCAGAAGUUGAAGAGGGAGUGGCUACAGAAGCACAGAGGAAGACACACCGAGCAAGAGAUGUAGUUCAGAUCCUUUCUUGAGGAGGCAGGAAAAAAGGACAAUAUCCUUUCACCUUCUUUUAUAUCUUGCCGUCUGUUUUCUUCACGCCGAUGCGUUGAACUGAAUUAGUGGACAGAAAACUCAUUGGUGUGUUUAAGCCUGUAAAUAAGAUGAAAUAAAAAUAUUUGGAUUUGCA